AAUUAUUUAUCGUGCGUCAUUCUCAAUUAACAUCCGUGAAUAUAAAUUUGGUAAGAUACAUAAAUACGUUGUAUUUAAUGGCAGAAUUUAUUUAGGAGUGCUUAUUUAAACCUAAAACAAUUUUCAAAAUGAAACUAUCUACUUUUUUAAUAAUUUUAAUUGUUUUAAUAAUUCUGCCAUCGAAGAGUGGACCUGAAGCAUGUGUAUCAAACAAUAAGUUUUGGGAUUGGAUAACAAACAGAAAUUGUAAAACUACUACUGCUACAACUACUACUUCUACUACUACUACUACUACUACCACUACUACUACUACUACUACUACUACUAGUCCUACUGUCCUAAAAACAACUGUUACUCCAAAAAUUUCUUCUCAGAUGGCUUCAGUAGCGAAUGACAGCACUACAACAGUUUCUCCUAAAAUCAUUGAUGAUGAUGAAAUGCAGGCUAUUCUGGAUAUUUCAACCAGCAUUAAUCAAUUUUCCUUCGAAUUACAUGAGGUGAUUGCAAAAAAUACAAAUGGAAGUUUUAUUUCAUCGCCAUUAAGUGCAGCAAUGGUACUUAUGAUGGCAGCUCAUGGUGCACGGGGUGACAAUGCCGAAGAAAUGAAUUCAGUGUUACAUAUCGAUACUAAGAACAUUACGUACGAAAUGGGCAUAAAGUCUUUGAUUAAAAUGCUUGACUUAAUCGACUCAUCAGAAGUUCAAUUGACACAUAAAAUAUAUGCGGCAAAAAAUAUAGAAAUCGACCCACAUUUUAUGAAUUUCAUAAAUACAACCUUUGAAUCGUCAAUAAAGAGUGUUGAUUUUUUAAGUUCUACCAAUACUGCGACAAAAAUAAAUAAUUGGUGGGUGGAACAAACUCAUCAUCGUAUAACAGAUAUCAUAAAGCCUGCAAAUAUGCUUGUUCUCAUCAAUGCGUUAGUUUUUACGGGAGUUUGGGAUUCAACGUUUGAGAAAACAAAUACUCGCUUAAAGAAUUUCCAUCUUAAUGAUAUAAAUUCCAAAGAAGUACCCAUGAUGAAUCAACUUAUUCAAACACCAUAUGGUGUUCUUCCUGACAUUGAUGCAACAUUUGUUAUACUAGAUUACGAGAAUUAUUAUGAUGAUGAUUUAAUGAGAAUGAUUAUCAUUCUACCAAAAAAAAUCAAUGGGCUUGAUACUAUUGAAAAAAAAAUACACAAAUUACAACUUGCUGAGCUUAACGGUAAAUUACAUCAAGUGGAUUUGUCACUGCCAAAAUUCAGAAUUAACAAUACAAUCAAUUUAGAAGAUAUGCUUCCUAAAUUAGGAAUGAAAAUUGCAUUCCAAAAAGUCGCUGACUUUUCCGGGAUCUCAAAACUAAGUUCCGGGCUAAAAAUGGAUAAGGUAACUCAACAAGUAACGAUCUACGUAAACGAAGAAUAUACCGAAACUGCAGCUAUUAUUAAAUCAAAUUACAACCACAGAAUGAAACGCAGCUCUCCAUCGUUAGAAAAAGUUUCGUUUUAUGCUGAUCAUCCAUUCUUCUUUCUUAUUGCAAACAGUAACACUGUUUUUUUUACUGGUCGUGUUGUCGAUAUUUAAUUGUGAGCAAUUGGACAUUGUUAUAUAUAUAUUAAAAAAUUAAUUAUUUAUAAUUAUAAUUACUGUAUAGUUAUUUUAAGAUAAAAAAACACCAUAAACUUUUGAUAGUUGGUAUUACCCGGGUGAAAAGGUUUAGAUCUGACCACAUAUAAUUAUAUCUGAUCAGAUCUGACAAAGUAGAUCUGGUCAGAUCUUUAAAUUGUCUCUAUCUAGCGAGAUCUGAUCAUAUAUAAUUAUAUAUGAUCAAAUCUGAACCUUUUUUUUCCCGGGGAUCCCCAUUAAAAAAAUAUUAAAUUGCGAAAAAAAAAAGAUAAUUUCAAUUCAAUCCGAAAUGUAACCUGAUAUAUUCGAAACGUCACUUAGAGGAAUUAUAAAUGAUUUUAAUUAAUGAAAAAAUCCCGGUCACUGCUGGGCUCGAACCUGCAGGUUCGUUACUAUAGUAACUUCCUUCAACUCCGUGGCGACUACAGCACGCGC